CUCAUGAGAAUUUUAAAUUUCAAAUAUUAACCAAUCAGACAGUUUCUUUUUAAAAAAAAAGAAAGCAUAUUAGUGCUCAUACAUUUAAUUUUCAUUGUAUUUUGUGUAGUGAAGUAUGAAUGCGUGUGCGUGUGUGCGUGUGUGUGUGCGCACGUGCAUGCGUGCAUAUGCACAUAUAUGAGUUGCAGAAAUUGCUUGUCUUCCUCAGUUUGUAUAUACUAAGCCGCAAAUACUAACUGCUGGAAUUCAUCGCCAUUAUUGAACUUUGUUCGGUUUUCAGUCACGGUCUACUUUCAUUCAAUGGCUGGUGGUAGUAGUAGUAGUCCAGUAAUGCAACAACGCAGACUCUCGGUUAAACUUUAUACAGAAUUUUCACAGAAUUAUCCUGCCAUUCGUAAUUUACCAGUUCAAAUUGAUGAUAGUUCACAUUCAAUGAGAUCAAUUUCUGUGCCAACAGGUUUCCAGUCUACAGCUAUGCAAACCGUUAAUCAAGCACCAGAGGUCAGUGUACAAGUGGAUCUGUUGACACGAACACAAUCGGAAGUAAUUCAAACCGAUCCAGAAAUGGAUUUUGAUACAUACACCACACCAACUUUAGUCGAUGCUGCUGUAGAGUCAAUUAGUCAACCGGAACAGCCUGUUGACCCUAUGAACUCUCUUCGUGUUUACCUGUUGAAUCAAUUACCAAUCAGUGUUUAUCUGAAGAGUCAAGUGUUAAAAAGUUGAAUGAUUGUUCAAUCUGUAUAGAAAAUUAUCGAAUUGGUGAUUAUGUCAUGGGAUUGCCAUGUUUUCAUAUGUUUCAUCAUAGAUGUCUGUGUGCAUGGAUUGAAAAGAAUUUACAAUGUCCAGUCUGUAGAAUGCCAAUCUAUGAAGUGGAUUAAACUCGAUUUACAGAAGAAAAGAAAUUGCUCAAAAUUUACCGAACACCUAGAGUAUAAAAAAAGAAGAGAGAUCAGUGAUUUCUAUUUUAUUACCCCAUAAAGGAUAUUGCAGUAAAUUGAAAAGUGAAUAACAUAAAUAACCAUUCAUGUGUAAAAUUACAUACUAUGCUUUC